CCAAUGAUAUAAAGUUUUUUUUUUUUUUUUUUAUUUAGGUGAAAUCAACAGCAAAGCUACUAGGGCAGGGUUACGCGGUACGUACAACAACUUCCUUUCCUUUUUCUCUCAUCUCAUACGUAAAUGCAUGGUUAAAUGCACAUCUAUUAAAGGAAGCCUUUUUUCUUCUGCUUUUCAGAUCCAUCUAGGAGGUCACUACCCUCUGUCCUUCUCAAGAAUCAGGCAGAUUCUUCUUCCAAUUGGGUCAUCUUAGUUCAACCCUUUUGGUGUCUAUAUCCAUUAUCCAUGGGAAGGGUGAGCUUGCCACCCCCUGUUUGCGAUACAAACCUCUCACACAGGUUGUCUUUUGAGAACAACAACAAUAAUAAUAACAACCAUCUUCGUGAAGCUUCUUUUUCUUCCUACUUGAACCAUGCAGAGAAAGAAUUUGUUCGUAAACUUGCUGAAUCAACUCGAGAUCAUCGCUCUAAUUCUAUUACAACUCAAGAAGAGGAUGGAGAUAUAGAAGUUUUUGGAGCAGAGAAAUAUUUCAAUGGAGGGAUAUUUGAAACCCCAAAGCCCCUCAAAUUCCGCCCCAAAAAGCAACAAAGGAUGAUUCAUAAACACAAGAAGCCAAAAACUAGUACUUCAAGCGUCCGUUCUGAAUCCAGUUGGAAUAGCCAAAAUGCAUUGUUGCAGAGUAGUACUGUAAACACAAAUUCUGAUUCUUCAAAGGCUACUAAGAAGAAGAAAUCCUCACAAUUGGCAAAAGGGUUUCUUUAUAAAUGCUAUUGCUGCGACCAGAACUCAGUGGAAUCCGUAAAUAAUCAAACCACAUCCAAAUCCAAAUCCAAAGCAAAGCUGAAGCAGAGACAACCAACCAAAGCAGGUAUAAAUUUCACGUUUCAAAGUUCAAUCCCAGCUGAAACAGCCAUGAAAAUGCAAAUUCAAGUUGAAGAACAACAAGGGAGAAAAUCAAUUGAGGUUUUUGGAUCUUCUCUAAUGGGGAAGCCGCCUAAUGUGGAUACUCUGAAUCUGAAUCACUUGGAGAAAAGGCUUUCAAUGAUGACAUGGAACGACAUCGUUCCAAGAGUUAAGGAUUCUUCAAAUUCAAAUAUUUCCACCACUAAUGAUUCCAAUCUAAUCUACAACGACGAUGCGGAAAGUGAUGCAAGUUCGGAUCUUUUCGAGAUUGCGAGCUUAACGGGGAACCCCAAUCCGUUUCUCACAAGACAAGGCUCUGAUUCUACGGAUUGUGUAACACCCACCACUUGUUAUGCACCAAGUGAGGCUAGCAUCGAGUGGAGUGUCGUCACCGCCAGUGCCGCCGAUUUCUCCGUCGUGUCAGAUUACGACGAACGCCGCCUCUCCACCAGUAGCCCCGUCAGAAACAUGACCGCCGUCACUGCUGCCACCUACAUGGUUAAAUCUAGCUACGGGAACGAUGUGAAAGAGAUUCAGAGGCGGCGUUCGAAUCUUCUGAUGGGUUGCAAGAAUCAGAAGGCGGUGAGAGUGGCCGGAGAUAAGUACGGUUCUGCGGCGGAAGUUCAUCGAAGAUCGGAGUCGUUUGGAAGACUGACGAGGUUGGAAACUCAGAGGCUUGCUACAAACUCACUUCCUCGUCAUUAUUCGCCUAAAAUCUCUAAUAUUUUGUAUGGUUAGCUUUCGAUUUGAAUCUUCUUAUGUUGGAUUUUUCUUUGCGCGCCUUUUUCUUCACCGGGUUAUAAAAAUCUUGUUUAUUGUUUUUAA